CCACGUCAUCAUCAUCAUCCUCAUUCAUCUCUAAUACUAAAAUCUGAUCUCUUCCUUGCUCACUCACCAAUCAAACUCAAAAAAACUCUUGAAUUUUUCAAGAACAAAAGAGAAAAGAGAUCUUUAAUGGCGGCCAUGAACUCGAGCGUUCUCACUUGCAGCUACGCAAUUGCUGGUUCUGGCUCAGUAGAGCUAAACCAGAAAGUUGGUUUGGUGAAUUCCUCAGUUGGGUUUGGUCAGAAGAAACAGAUGAUUAUGCCUGUGAUCAAAGCUCAGAGAGUUGUUGGUGAUGAUGUUGAUGGAUCUAAUGGAAGAAGAUCAGCCAUGGUUUUCUUAGCAGCUACACUCUUCUCCACUGCUGCUGUUUCUGCUUCUGCUAAUGCUGGCGUCAUUGAUGAAUACCUCGAGAGGAGCAAAGCCAACAAAGAACUUAAUGAUAAGAAGAGAUUGGCAACAAGUGGAGCAAACUUUGCGAGAGCAUUCACUGUUCAAUUCGGAAGCUGCAAGUUCCCUGAGAAUUUCACUGGCUGCCAAGAUCUUGCCAAGCAAAAGAAAGUCCCAUUUAUCUCAGAAGAUUUGGCUUUGGAAUGCGAAGGCAAGGACAAGUACCAGUGUGGUUCCAAUGUGUUCUGGAAAUGGUGAAGAAGUUUGUUUGUUUUCAUCUAUUCUUAUAUAAAUCCAACAAUGUAUCUAUCUCUCUCUAUUCAUGAAAGUUCUCGCAUCCAUUUGAAUCUAUCCAAGUUAAAACUCUAUUAAGAGAUUAGGAAGCAUUAUUUUGACUUUAGUUCAGCUUUAAGAUAAAAAUCUGAUUGAGUACAUACAAGUUCAUCUGAAGAAAUUUUCAGUUUAGUU